ACAUUUUGUACUGGCCACUACCGCCUGGUACAUGGUACCAGUGGCAGCGUAGCGAUCUACUGCGCACCAGCUCCGGAGCUCCGUCAUCAAGCUACAUACGCAGCCACUGCCAAAAACUUGAAGAAGCAGUACCGCGACCCGCUGCAACGGACAGGUUACCACCACGGCGAGCAGGGUGUCACUGCCACAUAACACCCAACAGAGAAAUAAUGCUGUUUCACCUGCGCAUGGGCCCUCACCCGGUUCACAGCAGCUUGUAGUACUAGUAGUAGCAACAGCAGAAUGCAACAGUCGACAGCAGCUCCUGACGUUGCCAAACUGCAGGCUGCUGGCUGCGGCCAAGAGCCGAAGCACGUGCCGCUGGUCGUAAGCCAUGUGGCGACAUCGUCCCCUCCGCCUCCCGUCCUGGCUUCCUGGGACGCUGCAGCUCCGGGAGCUUCAGCCACAACACCGGCGACAACAGAAGUUGCAGUAUCAGAAAAAGUAGCAGCAACGAUUGUCCCGGACGAAUGCGUCACCCCCGCAGCGGCAGAUGGCUGCAAUGAAAAGCCAGGAUGGAGUUGGGAAGAAAGAGCCGCACAACUAGCUGUAGUUGAUAGCAGUGGCGAGAUACACACUGGUAAGCCACCACCAACACCACUAUCCGACCAGUUGAGCGAUCACUCUCCUGAGGUGGAGUCUUGUCUAUUGCUUGCUGAGGUAGCUAAACGCAUUCGUACUGGUCGCGCGGUGCAAGUGACUGAGUCCAAGCGACACGAUCUGUUGCCCGGUCACAACAGCAGGUCAAUUUCAUGCCAAGUCCCAAAUCGGCCGCCGGAUUCCUUCAGCCCCUACGGAGAGGCAGCAGCCGUGGGCACAGCAGCACAAUUUGGCCGGCACGCGGAGGCCGCGGAGCACUGUGAGCUAGGCAGUCUUCCCACACGGCCUGUACGAAUCCGAAAGGCUCCCAGAACCUACAUCUCUGAAAUGGAGAAAAUGGACGACGGUCCUGGAGCAAGCAAGCGCAGGAAGCGGGCCAUAGCUGAGUCAGAUGCUGGUGGUGGCGGAACAGUGAUGAAUGUGGAGCAGCCAUGUUCACAUGCUCAAGUGCUUCUUGACUCAAGCUACCAAAAGAAUGCAGACAAUGGAGCACCCUCUGUGAGUGCUGGGGCCGGCCACACCAGCCAUAGCAGCCCCAGCAGCAGCACCACCACCAGCACCAGCACCACUGCCAGCCCAGUGGGCUGUAAAGGUAAAGCUGCUACUGACAGACGUAGGUCACAGGCCAGUGGCUUGUCACAUGCUGCAGAGACCCAGGCCCAGGCUAUCUACAGCAGCAACGGAGUCUCCCAGGCCGAGCUGGCCAACUCAGCUGGAUGGGGCGGCAAUAGCAGCAGCAAUGUAGAUAGUGAUUUGCAGGCUCUUCAUGGUCGCCUAACACGUAGCAGGUUAUCAAAGACUAGAGUUGACUGUGAGGCUACAGCUAGCAACGACAGUGCAAAUCAUGGCAAACCCGGGGCCGAUUCAUCUGAUGAUGAGGACCAUGGCAGCAGCAGCACUGACAGGAAUGCCCAGACCGGCGGCACACCGAAGAAGAGCACAGCCAACCCCACCGGCAGUGAACGGCCACGUCCACACAAGCGCAAAUGGCGAAACCAGUAUGGCAGCAGUGAGGAUGCUACUAGUGACAUUGGCCAAGCUCGCUCAGCUUCAUCUACGCCUGCAUUAUCUACCAUGGACGUGACACCUGUCGCCGCCAAUGAAAGACCAGAUAUUGAUCUUGGGAUUGGUGAUUUUGUGUGGGGAAAGAUGCGAGGGUUCGACUGGUGGCCAGGUUCCAUUGUGAGUGCAGGACGAGCCAACCAAGUAUCAACUACCCCAGGUCACACUUGGGUGUGUUGGUUUGGUGACAACCAGUUCUCUCAGAUACUCCUGACACGCAUUCGACCACUUACAGACUUCCGUCAAUAUUUGCUCCGCCGCAAACCCAAGUCUCUUUACCGACGUGCUAUCAUUGAAUGCGCUGAUUCUGCUGCCCUGCGUGCCAACAAGCAGUUCCCAUCUGAAUGGCCAGGUACUGCAACAGUGUCCACCGAGGAUCAAUCUGUGCUGGACAAUUUCUGUGAUACCCCGCGCCAGCGCCAUGUCCUCCACUGGGCUCUGGGAGAAUUUGUGCCUGAGGGUCUGGAUGGCCUCCGUCCAUCCGAGCUGGACAUCAACAAUGCUAAAAGAUCUGCUUCGGGUCAGACGUUGCCUAGCUCCCCAGAUGGACCUCUGUCUCCACCAUACUCUACAUCGCCUAUUGGAAGCAGCCCUCUUCCAUCGACGCCGCGCUCAUCCACUGCAGCCUCACGCAGCUUAUCCAACAGCGUCAUGGUAACACCACGGCAGCCACAGCAGAUGGUACAGAGCGACACUCGAGGGAGUUCGGGGCAACAACUGGAGAGAUUUGCUCUGCUGCGACAGGGAAAGGUCUCCCUGAGCAACUGCUGCCUGUGCUGCGGUGCCUCUGGCGAGUGUGUCCAGCAAGAGCAUCCACUAUUUGCUGGCGGUAUCUGUGAUGCGUGUGUCCCAGCUUUCAUUGAGUGUGCGUACUGCUUCGACGAGGAUGGUUCGCAGACGUACUGCUGCAUCUGCGCCGAUGGCAAGGAGGUGUAUCUGUGUGAUUCUCCAGGCUGUGCCCGCAGCUACUGCCCGUUGUGCAUUGAGAAGCUGUGUGGUGCCGACAUCCAUCGACACAUCAACAAGCUGGACAGCUGGAUGUGUUUCAUGUGUGACGACCAACCCAGUGAUCAGUUGGAAGUGCGCGAUGACUGGCACGCUAGACUGCUCACUCUCAUGUCGUCAGAAGACAGUGGUCUCUACCAGCUGGAGCCAACACCGCCACCCCCCGCACCUGAAGAUCGACAAGCUAUCCGUGUCCUUGGCUUGUUCGAUGGUAUUGCCACUGGCAUGAUUGUGCUUAAUGAGCUUGGAAUAGAAGUCGCCGCAUACACCAGCUCGGAGAUUGAUGCCGAUGCGGUGCGGGUAUCACGUCGACACCACACUAACAUCGUACACGUCGGAGCUGUUGAAGAAAUCACUAGUCAACGUCUCAAGGAGUGGGGACCAUUUGACCUUGUCAUUGGUGGCAGCCCUUGCAACGAUCUCUCCAUGGCCAAUCCUGCGAGACGCGGCAUAUUUGAGGGCACUGGCCGACUCUUCUUUGAUUUCUUCCGCCUGCUACAACUGGCCAAGCCUGCGCCUUCUGAACAGCGUCCGUUCUUUUGGCUCUUUGAGAACGUCGUCUCCAUGCGCGCAGUUGACAAGGCUACUAUCUCUCGCUUCCUGGAGUGCAACCCGUCGGUUGUUGAUGCCAAGGAUGUGUCCCCUGCUCAUCGACCACGCUACUUCUGGGGCAAUCUACCCGGCAUGAUGCGUGGCAUCGUGCCCUGGCCUGGCGAUGUUCUCAGUCUGCAGGACUGUGUUGAACCGAAUUGUGGACGGCGUGCCAAGUUCGAGAAGCUGCGCACUAUCACAACCAAGACCAACUCCAUCCGGCAGACAAAGCAGAACCUGUUCCCGGUGAGCGUGGAGCGGCGCGGCAUCAAUGGCAGCCUGGAGGGUGAGGAUGGCGACAUGCUGUGGUGCACAGAGAUGGAACGGAUCUUCGGAUUCCCAGCCCACUACACAGAUGUUGGCAACAUGGGCAGAGUGGCACGCCAGCGACUACUGGGUCGAGCCUGGAGCACCCCAGUCAUUCGCCAUCUCCUAGCACCCCUACGUGACUACUUCAAGACCACUGGCAAACAAUUGCCAGUCCAACAGAAGUAACCGGUUCUGGACCGUGACUCAAGUCUUGAGUUCCUAAACCAUGUCUGGUAAGUGAGACUUGAUUCUUCUAAUGUGUGUCCUUCAUUUAUCCUAUCGACUGUUGGGUGUAUUUAUAUACUAAACAAAUUUCAUUUGCGAGAACCUUCACAGGGUGAACCAUAGCUUUGUCAAAUUUUGUGAGUACCUAGUUCAUUUCGUUUCCUUUUCGUGAGGCCAAUAAAAUAGGUUUCCUAACAGAAAUUUUCUAACGGACUACUACGAAACCGGCAGUGUACACUCACUCACUAACAUUAUGCUAAAAAUAUUCCAUGGUAUGUCAGUGUGCGUGUGCGUGCACACAUAUGUGUGUGGGUGUGUGUUUGCACGCACAUAUGUAUGUGUGUGCACGCAUGUGUGUGUGUGCGCAUGCACGCAUAUGUGUGUCUGCGCAUGCACGCAUAUGUGUGUGUGGGUGCACUUGUGUGCGUGUGUGUGUGUGCGUGUGUGUACACGCACACGUGAGUGUACACAUGUGUGUGCAUGCACGUGUGUGUGUGUGUGUGUGUGUGUGUGUGUGUGUGUGUGUGUGUGACACGUGUGACGCUUUGUGUGCAGUGUGUGUUUUGUUGUGUUCGCGUAGAGAUUCCAACCAUUUAUUCUCUCUUCAAUUUUCAAGGUCGUUUGUUUCUCUUUGCCAGUCCCACAGUUCAUAUCAACCUGGUUUGACUCCUAUCUAUUCUCAUCUAGUUCUUCUUUAGUUCACCUGAGUUUCCUCAAUCAAUGACCCCUCUCAGCUGUGCGCUCUGUCAAGCUCCCAUGCCCGUUAGUCUCAAUCAUUUUCGGACCAAUGCAGGACCCGGACCAAUGUAGAAUCAUACAUUGAGCAAGCCCGGUCGUGGCACUGGUCACAGUGACUCUCUAGCAUACCUUUGCCACUUUGAUGUUUCUGAAUUCAACCUGAUCUGACUCAUUCAUCUAUUUCUCCCUUUGUUCUGAAGACUGAAAGAAAGCAGUAUUCCGAUCCUGG